CCCGGAUGAUCGGUCAGUCCAGACACCGGUUGAUGAUCCGCUCGCGACUCAUUCACAUCAAUGUCUUUUAUCAAAGAACAAUAAACGCUCGUCUCAGCCGGACAGGUUACACACGCUUAUGCUCCAGCGUCAACAUUAGUCCUCUUCCUUCUGACAGAGACUGGGCUGAGCCCUGCACAUCUGCAGCCCCGGCGAGCUCCUCCUCCACCCAGCCCGCUUCAGGCCACCGGUGACGGGCAGCAUGAGCCAGAGGUUCACCGUGACUGCCGGUGACAUGCAGGGGGAAGUGAACCAGCUGUUCGAGGGCGAUGAGGAGACACCGACACCGAGCUCUGCUGAAGCCUUCGGGAAAGUGGUCAACACCACCUGUCCACCCAAGAAAGGAGAUGGGAACCCCAAGGAGAGCAGUCCAUUCAUCAACAGCACCGACCCAGAGAAGAACCAGCAAUAUGACGGCAAGAACAUGGCCCUGUUCGAGGAGGAGAUGGACACAAUCCCCAUGGUGUCGUCUCUUCUCAGCAGUCUCGCCAACUACUCAAACCUGCCGCAGGGCAGCAAAGAACACGAGGAGGCGGAAAACAACGAGGGCUCGCGCAAGAAACCUGUCCAGGCUCCGCGGAUGGGCACACUCAUGGGCGUUUACCUGCCCUGCCUGCAGAACAUCCUGGGUGUGAUUCUGUUCCUCAGGAUGACCUGGAUGGUGGGCAUCGGCGGGGUCAUUGAGUCCUUCAUCAUCGUCCUCAUGUGCUGCUCCACGACGAUGCUCACCGCUAUCUCCAUGAGUGCCAUCGCCACGAACGGCGUAGUGCCAGCUGGCGGCUCCUACUACAUGAUCUCUCGUUCUCUGGGCCCUGAGUUUGGUGGAGCUGUGGGAAUCUGCUUUUACUUGGGCACCACCUACGCUGGAGCCAUGUACAUCCUGGGCUGCAUCGAGAUCCUGCUGGUGUACAUCGUUCCACAAGCGGCCAUUUUUAAGAUGGAGGGUCUGGAGGGAGCCGAGGCCGAGGCCGCCAUGCUGAACAACAUGCGUGUUUACGGCACACUCGUGCUGAGCUUCAUGGCCCUCGUGGUGUUUGUGGGAGUGAAGUACGUGAACAAGCUGGCGCUCGUCUUCCUCGCCUGUGUCAUCUGUUCCAUCCUCGCCGUCUACGCUGGAGUGAUCAAGACCGCCUUCGAGCCUCCCAUCUUCCCAGUGUGUGUGCUGGGGAACCGGACUCUGGUCUGGAAAGGUUUCGAUGUGUGUGCGAAGUUCAUCGAGAGAGAAAACGCCACGGUCACCACCCAACUCUGGCGGAUGUUCUGCGACUCCGAGUUCUUGAACGCCACAUGCGACAGCUAUUUCAGCGGGAACAACGUCACGGAAAUACAGGGCAUCCCGGGACUUAUGAGCGGCACCCUACGCGAUAACCUCUUUGGGAAUUAUAUGGAUAAGGGUCAGUUCAUCGAGAAGGUGGGAAUAACGGCUGCGGUGGACCCCGAUUCCAUCCCGACCAACACGAACCGCUACGUGCUAGCCGACGUCACCUCCUUCUUCACCAUGCUGGUGGGCAUCUACUUCCCCUCCGUGACAGGUAUCAUGGCUGGAUCAAACCGAUCUGGUGAUUUGCAGGAUGCCCAGAAGUCCAUUCCCAUCGGCACCAUCCUGGCCAUCACCACCACCUCCAUCAUCUACAUGUCCAGCGUGCUGCUGUUCGGCUCCUGCAUCGAGGGAACGGUCCUGAGGGAUAAGUUUGGUGAGGCCGUCAGGGGUAAUCUGGUGAUCGGGACACUGGCGUGGCCUUCGCCCUGGGUCAUCGUCAUCGGCUCCUUCUUCUCCACCUGUGGGGCGGGUCUCCAGAGCCUGACGGGUGCUCCUCGUCUCCUCCAGGCCAUCGCACGGGACGGCAUCGUGCCGUUCCUCAGGGUGUUCGGCCACGGAAAAGCAAACGGGGAGCCCACCUGGGCACUGCUCCUGACCGCUUGCAUCUGUGAGAGCGGGAUUCUCAUCGCUUCCCUGGAUAACGUCGCUCCCAUCCUCUCCAUGUUCUUCCUCAUGUGUUACAUGUUUGUGAAUCUGGCCUGCGCUGUUCAAACUCUCCUGAGAACGCCCAACUGGAGACCACGGUUCAAGUUCUACCACUGGACUCUUUCCUUCCUCGGCAUGAGUCUUUGUCUCUCGCUCAUGUUCAUCUGUUCUUGGUACUACGCCAUCGUUGCCAUGGUGAUCGCCGGCUGCAUCUACAAGUAUAUCGAGUUCCGAGGGGCAGAAAAGGAAUGGGGUGAUGGAAUCAGAGGUCUGUCUCUCAGCGCGGCUCGCUUCGCCCUCAUGAGGUUGGAAGAGGGACCGCCACACACCAAGAACUGGAGACCGCAGUUAUUAGUCCUGGUCAGCGUGGACUCCGAGCUGCAGGUGGAUCAGCCUCGUCUGCUGUCUCUGACCAGUCAGCUGAAGGCUGGGAAGGGUCUGACCAUCGUGGGCGCAGCGCUGGAGGGAACUUACCUGGAAAACCUUCCUCAGGGCCAGCAGGUCGAACAGUCUGUGAGGAAGCUGAUGGAGACGGAGAAGGUGAAGGGUUUCUGUCAGGUUGUUAUCUCCUCCAACAAGAGGGACGCCACAUCACAUUUGGUCCAGGCCGGAGGGUUGGGUGGUCUUCAACACAACACUGUUCUGGCCAGCUGGCCACGCAACUGGAAACAGGCCGAGGACCAUCAGAGCUGGAGGAACUUCAUUGAGCUGGUAAGAGAAACCACCGCUGCCAGUAAAGCCCUGCUGGUGCCCAAGAACAUCUCGGCCUUCCCAUCGAACGGAGAGCGCUUCACUGAGGGUCACAUCGACGUGUGGUGGAUCGUUCAUGACGGAGGCAUGCUAAUGCUGCUACCCUUCCUCCUCCGCCAGCACAAGGUUUGGAGGAAGUGUAAGAUGCGCAUCUUCACUGUGGCCCAGAUGGACGACAACAGCAUCCAGAUGAAGAAAGAUCUGACAACCUUCCUGUAUCACCUGCGCAUCCACGCCGCGGUGGAAGUGGUGGAGAUGCAUGACAGUGAUAUCUCAGCGUACACGUAUGAGAAAACCCUGGUGAUGGAGCAGCGAUCUCAGAUCCUGAAGCAGAUCAACCUCACCAAGACUGAGCGGGAGCGCGAGAUCCAGAGCAUCACCGACAGCUCUCGCGGGUCGAUCCGCCGUAAGAACCCGGCCGCGGUCACGACCCAGCUCAGUGUGACUGAGGAACCGGCGGCCAGCAGCAAAGAGGAGAAACCAGAGGAGGAGUCUGUCCCUGUGUCCCCGUCCCAACAGGAACAGCUCAUUCACGACAAGAGCACCAACCCGCCCACCCCGGCCACUCCUCAGUCCCCCAGCGCGGACGCCGAGACCCCCGGCACGACCGUUCAGAUGACGUGGACCGAAGCCAAGUGUGAUGGAGAGAAGGCCAAACCUGUCGGAGCCACCACACCCGAGGCCAUCAAAGACCUCUUCAACAUGAAACCAGAGUGGGAAAACCUAAACCAGUCCAACGUGAGGCGCAUGCACACCGCUCUCAGACUCAAUGAAGUCAUCACGAAGAAAUCCCAGGAGGCCAAGCUCGUCCUGCUCAACAUGCCCGGACCACCAAAAAACAGAAGUGGCGACGAGAACUACAUGGAAUUCAUGGAGGUUUUAACCGAAGGUCUCAACCGGGUCCUCCUUGUGCGCGGUGGAGGUCGCGAGGUCAUCACCAUCUACUCUUAAGAAACAUGUCGACCCCAUUUCCCUCCCUAGUGUGUCCCAAGCAAUAUCCCAGAAUUCCCUUCAGUCAACCAGCUUCAUUCGUCCGCCAAGCUCUCACUGGCCGAACAUCGCUCUUGGCGCUACUCUCGUUCACACUUCACCGUUCAGUGAAGUGCACUGUUGAUGUCAGUGGGUAUUUGAUCAAUGCCCCCUCUGCUGUAGCUUUCCUGCAUCAUCUGUCAAUCACUGCUCUCGCCCAAUCAGAAGCAGCGGCUGGGUUGGGCUUUAUUUAUUUCAAAGAGGAGGGAACAUGCAACGUCAAUGAAGAAGGAUUCGACGAUCAGAACUACGCCAGAGAUGCUGUGAAAUAUUUCUGCUCUGGUAAAGAAGGAUAACCUUGGGAAAAGAUUUUCGAUCGUUUUGGUCUGCAGCUUCGUUAAAUGUGAAAAGAUUAAUAAUACGUUUAUACAAAAGAAGAAAAAAAAAACCUAAUGUGAACUGUGAAAUGUGAAGUUUAAAGUCAACAUGAAAUCUUAUUUUUCAACCCUCUCGCCCAUUUUUUUUGGGAAAGUGUGUCGUAUUGCGAACGGCAUUUCACGUUGACUUUAAGCGGGUUCCUCUGCACAAAGACCUGUGUUUCUGUGUUUGUUUUUGUUUAUCAUCGACCUCCUCCAUGUUUUCGGUCGUUCCUAGCUAUUCCCCUGCCAAAUACAGUCACAAUAUGUGCCAAAAACCAGGCUGGCAGGAUGUGCGACUCUCUUGUGCUUGACAGCAAAGCAGCGAGCAAGAGUCUAUCAGUGUAACCGACACUGUAAUUAGCAAAAGAAUGAGUUAAAAAAAAAGACAGAGAAAGAAAAAAAAAGUACUCAGCCACUACAAGUAGUGUAAAUAGC